AUGGCUGAAGUAGGAUAGAACAAUAUCAAUUCUGGAACUGUUAACAGCAAUGAUCAUUAAGAGAAAAUUAAUGUAAAGUUUUCAUUAAGGGAAUUUUUCUAAUAUUUUGGACCAGGCUUACUCGUAGCUAUCGCUUACAUCGAUCCUGGUAAUUUGGCUGGUGAUAUGGAUGCAGGUUUAAAUGGUAAAUAUCACUUGUUAUGGGUACUUUUCUUAUCAACACUCUUAGGUUUCUUCUUUUAAAACCGUGCUAUGAUGAUUGGUUUGGUUACUGGAAAAGAUAUGGCUAAAUUAUGUCGCUACUAUUAUCCUAAAAAAAUGUCUAUCUUGUUAUGGAUUAUGGCUGAAAUCGCUAUUAUAGGCAGUGAUAUUCAAGAAGUAUUAGGAUCUGCUAUUGCAUUAUAAAUUCUUUUUGGACUCAAAUUAUGGAUCGGAGUUAUCUUAACUAUUUCUUCUACUAUUCUUAUUUUAUUAAUAAAAUAUGUUGGUAUGCGCUUUUUAGAAUUAAUCUUUGGUAUUCUUAUAGGAACUAUGGCUAUUUGCUUCUUUAUUGAUCUUGGUUACAUUGCUCCUAAUUUCGGUGAAUUAAUGGAAGGAAUGUUUGUCCCUUACAUCCCAUCAUCUGCACUCACUUCCAUGGUUGGUUUAAUAGGUGCUGUCCUCAUGCCUCACAAUCUAUAUCUUCAUUCAUCUCUUGUUUAUGAAAAGAAGAUUUCCAGAAAUGACAGACCUCUUCUCCAUAAAUCCAUUUUUUAUUUCAAAAUUGAAACAGGUAUCUCUCUCCUAAUUUCUUUCUUCAUAAACAUGGCAGUCAUUGGUACUUUUGCUAAUUGGUACAAUAGUGGAACAGAUAUUGAUUUAAGCUCUGCUGCCACAGUCCUUGAAGAAAACUUUGGUGCAGCUGCCAAGUACAUUUGGGGUAUCGGUUUAUUGGCUGCUGGUUAAUCAUCAACUUUAACUGGUACUCUUGCUGGUUAAUUUGUCAUGUCUGGAUUUGUUAAAAUGAGAGUAAGCAAGUUCAAAAGAGCUUUUAUUACUCGUGCUAUUGCAAUCGUUCCUGCUAUUGUUAUAGCUUUUAUUGCUGAUGAUGAAGACUUUAAUAACUAUUUAAAUAUUCUUCAAGCAAUACAACUUCCCUUUGCCGUUAUUCCACUUCUUAAGCUUUCAAUGGAUAGAGAACUCAUGGGUGAAUUUACUAUUGGUAAAGUUCAAUUAACUUUAUUGAGUGUCCUUUCCGCUGCUAUUGUAGGAGUAAACUAUUACGCAUCAGUACCUGAUGAAGUAAACUGGUCUGAAGCUUGGAUCUAUAUCAUUCUCGUAGUUAUGGUUUUAUACUUUAUCUUUUUAGGAAUCGUGCUUUUCACUAAAAUUAAAGAUACUAAGGACGUCAAAUAAAGUAUGCUAUCAAAUCAUAAGCAAUCUUUAAUUUAAGAUGAUGAAUAAUAUCAUGUUAAAUAAUGA